UGGGCAAGGCUCACAUGUUCUGUUCCUGUUGUUGAAACACUGUUGUUUGUAAAAGCACAGGCUCACAUCUAGAAGCUGGCCAUGCCACUCGAUCAACUUCCUGAAUGGCUGAAUGCUGUGGUCUGUGGAUUCCUGCUUCUCUUCUGCCACGUGCAGGGCCAGGACUCAGCCAGCCCCAUCAGGAACACACACACGGGCCAGGUGAGAGGAAGCCUUGUCCAUGUGAAAGACACUGAAGUUGGUGUCCACACCUUCCUGGGAAUUCCCUUUGCCAAGCCACCUGUAGGACCACUUCGUUUUGCACCUCCUGAGGCCCCUGAACCAUGGAGUGGUGUGAGAGAUGGGACCUCCCACCCUGCCAUCUGUCUACAAGACGUUGGCAAACUGAAUUCAGAAAAGCUGAAGAUUAAGGUGUCCACUGCUUCUGUCCCUAUGUCUGAGGACUGCCUGUACCUCAGCAUCUAUAUGCCGGCCCAUGCCCACGAGGGCUCCAACCUACCUGUGAUGGUAUAGAUCCAUGGUGGUGGGCUACUUUGAGGCAUGGCUUCCACGUAUGAUGGAUCCACACUGGCAGCCAUUGAGGAUGUGGUGGUGGUCACCAUCCAGUACCGCCUAGGAGUCCUGGGCUUCUUCAGCACUGGAGACCAGCACGCCAGAGGCAACUGGGGCUACCUGGACCAAGUGUCCGCCCUGCGCUGGGUCCAGCAGAACAUCGCCCACUUUGGAGGCAACCCUGACAGGGUCACUAUUUUUGGUGAGUCAGCAGGUGGCACAAGUGUGUCUUCACAUGUUGUGUCCCCCAUGUCCCAAGGACUGUUCCACGGUGCCAUCAUGGAGAGUGGAGUCGCCCUGCUUUCCAGCCUUAUCUCUAACACCUCUGAGGUGGUUUACGAAAUGGUGGUCAACAUGUCUGGCUGUGAGCCUGUGGAGUCAAAGGCCUUGAUGCGCUGCUUAUGAGACAAGAGUGAAGAGGAGAUUCUGGAUAUUAACAAUGCCUUCUAGAGCACUCCUGCUGUGGUGGAUGGAGUGUUCUUACCCAGACACCCCUUGGAGUUGUUGGCCUCUGCGAAUUUUCACCCUGUUCCCAGCAUCAUUGGAAUCAACAGUGAUGAGUAUGGUUGGCUCAUUCCCAUGUUACACUCUGAUCCCACCAAGAAGGAAAUGAGCAGAGAGACCAUGCGGGCUGUUCUGAAGAGCACAACAGCACAGAUGAUGCUGCCUCCUGAGUGUAGUGAUCUGUUGAUGGAAGAGUACAUGGGAGACGCUGAGGACCCUCAGACUCUCCAAAUACAGUUCCAUGAGAUGAUGGGGGACUUGAUAUUCGUGAUCCCCGCACUCCAAGUAGCACACUUUCAGCGUUCCCAUGCUCCUGUCUAUUUUUAUGAGUUCCAACAUCAGUCCAGCUUCUUCAAGGAUAUCAGGCCACCUCAUGUGAAGGCUGACCAUAACGAUGAGAUUCUUUAUGUGAUUGGAUCCCUUUUAUGGGACAUCAAAUUUGAACUCACAGAGGAGGAGAAGCUGCUAAGCAGGAAGAUGAUGAAGUACUGGGCUAACUUUGCACGGAAUCGGAACCCCAACAGUUAGGAUCUACCCUACUGGCCCGCGAUGGACCAUGAAGAGCAGUACCUGCAGCUGGACAUCCAGCCUGCGGUGGGCCGAGCCCUGAAGGCCAGAAGGCUCAAGUUCUGGACCAAGACUCUGCCCCAGAAGAUCCAAGAGCUAAAAGGGGCUCAGGAAAAGCACGUAGAGCUGUAAUGUCUAGUUGUUAGUAAAGGUGUGUGGACUUGAGUAAAGGUUUCUGCAGACCCUGAGUCCACACUUGCAUGAGUAUAUCAUAUCUGUGAAGAUGCUUGGCUGUGACACAUAUCUUGGAAUCAGAUGAGAAAGAUAAGAGGUUCAGGCAUCUCUACCAGAAGAGAUUUCUGUCCCUGGCUCCCUGAGUGCUUCUUUGACCCCAAAAUUCCAUCAUGCCUCACACACUGUUUUACUUUGCUGUAGUUUGGUUUGGGAACACUAGCUCUUUCAUAUCAUAUAAAAAGAAGCAUUUGUGACUAGCUGUAUUCCUGACUUUUAUACAUUCCCUGUGAAAACUCCUGACCCCUUGAGCAACCACUACUCUUUGACCUUCUACUUGAUUAAUUUUUAUUCUCACCAUACUACUGUUCUUAAGGUUUUCAAGCCCCACUAAUACAGCAUUGCUUGUAUUUUGUGUUCUUUAUAAA